AUGUUGAAGCGCUACCUCGGCUGGUCCGCAAACGCGCCCCUCAAGAUCCAGUUGGACGGCCUCGGCAUCUACCACGAUAGAAUCACCCAGAACGGAAUGCACCCUGCUCUAGCGCUGUUGAUGGAACAUGCUUCACGCUGGUCGGUCGUGAAGUUCCGAGAUGUGCCUUUCCAAACGAUCAAUUCUCUUCGUGCAGUCAAAGGCCAAUUUGGAGAGCUCCGAUCCUUGAACUUUUCGGCUCUAGCCUCUGAUUACAGCCACAUCCCUUUCGCCGACCAACUCGAUGCUUUUGAAGAUGCAGGAAGAUUGGAGGUCGUCAAAAUUAGCGCUGUAAUCCCUGGUGGGGGUAUCUUAAUCCCUUGGGACAAUCUCAAGUCGUUCGCAUGCGUGGUGGAUAGGCGGGGUUUGGCGAUCCCAGUCGAGGAGUUGAGCAGCCUGGAAGAACUCGAAAUUGUACAAGGCGGGGACGAUGAUUCGUUCGGGAGGCCAAAGAAGGUUAUACCGGGUCUGAAAGUCCUCCGCUACAGCUACAACACUGUGGGAGGUCGAGGAGACACUUCGAGCAGGUCUAUCAGUCGCCUCCGCCUUCCGACACUGGAGGACGUUCAGAUGAAGAAUUGCAAGAUCAGCGACCUCUCACUCCUUAUAACUGCUUCGAAAUGCGGACAUCAUUUGCGUAGAAUUGCAUUCCGGACCCAACAGUCCCUCAUACCUGGCGAACUCACCGGUCUAUUGGAAGCUACACCGUACCUGGCCGAGCUCGAUAUCUCUCAACCGCCUGACCAAGAUGCAAAAAUGCUGGUAUACGUCCCUCAAAACUCGUCUCCUGGCGCUCCCACAUUCCUCCCUCAUCUGGAACGGCUUCACAUACACUGCACGAGCACAGGAAGCAGGAACACCCAUCGCAUUUAUUGCGAGAUUGGCCGGACGCGAUGCGACAUUGACCUGGACUCCUCUUUGAUUCGUCAACUCAAGGAGUUCCGGUUGGUCUUCGAAACCAAGGGUCUUCGCUCGUUGGCUAUAUCCCAGGGUCUUGGACUAUCGGAGCUGGUGAGCGAGCCUGAACUCCUUGAAGGAUCGAGAAUCCUGAGGGCCCAGGGAUUGAUUUCCGGAUGGACGGAAGUCAUACUCCGAAACAUUCGCAACGCCGAGAGGAUCAAGCCAUCCGUAGCCAAAGCACCGACCAAGAAACAUUUGUCAACUUUCAAAAAAAUCUCCUCACAACUUUGCUCUGUCUUGGACGAGAUUGAACAUUUUACAUCUCGGGAAGUGACAGAGCAGGAGCUCACAGCCGUUCAGGUUAGUCUAUUCUACCCAUUUGACCAUUUUAAUCGUUUGAUUUCGCAAGAAGAGCUCUAG